AUGUACAGUCCUAUACCCUACCAAGAAGGGGGGCCGUUGGAUCUCGAAGUGUGGAAAAGCUACUCACCCAACCUGCCGCCCUGCAUUACCGCCACCAUCAGCAGAGUGAUUUCCAUGACCAUGUCCGUCGUCUUGGAAGUCACUUUCCAGACCCUUCAGGGCCCGCCUGGCCACUGUGACAAGCCCGCACCACACACACGAAAAAACGAAGUAACGUUCGAGGCGUUUGUCAGAGGGGGAAUGAUGCCAGCGUUCCUCCGCUAUCGAAAGGAAAGAAACGAGACCGAGACGUUCCCCGUCAGAGCCCCGGAGUUUCUCGACGAGCCCGAUCGCGCCGAAGACUAUGAGCACUUUGAAUGCGAGACCGAGACCUAUUACCGACUCGCCGAUCACCAAGGUACGCUGGUCCCGCACAUCCGCGCCCAUGUCAGUCUAUCGGCCACCAAGCUCCCGACCAUCAUACCACAGGAAGUAGCGCCCUACUUUGAAGUGAGAGGUAUCCUUCUGGAACGGAUCGACGGAUAUUGUCUAGACGACCUGAUGCUCGGCCCCCCACCACCAAACCUAAGGACAUGGCAUCACAUUAUCCAGUCGGCCGUCGAUACGGCGUAUGAGAUUAACAAACGUGGUGUCAUCAUGGAAGACUGCGCGCCGCGCAACGUGGUUGUGGACAAGGAGUCACAGACGCCGCGGAUCGUCGAUCUUGCACAAUGCAUGUUCCGGGAGGAGAUGGUGAGCUAUUGGUGCCAGUCAGGGUGGGACGAGGACGAGGAUUGGGAUCCGGAUGUCGAGUACUGGGAGGAAGUAAGUACUAUGAGUAACCCAGGAGCGAUUGGGGCGGUUAUGGCGAAUCGUAUACAGAGGAAGAUGGGGGUGAAGAUGGAUUUCAGGUAUCCGGACUGGAAUGCGAUUAUUGCUGGGAUAAAGCUGAGAAAAGAAGAGGCAGCCGCAGGAGGAACGGGAAACCCCUAG